AUGCUUUCCCUUAUCUCUUUCUCUCUCUCUCCCUUUGCUCUUCUGUUUCAUUUUACUUUAUUUUGUGUCUGUUAUCUUUGCAUCUUUUUUAUAUUCUUUUACUCUCUACUUUCUCCCCCUCCUUUCUUUUCCGCUUCUUACUCUCCCUCCUUUCUUUUCCGCUCCUUGCUCUCCCUCCUUUCUUUUCCGCUCCUUGCUCUCCCUCCUUUCUUCUCUCCGCUCCUUGCUCUCCUUCUUUUUUCUCUCCAUUCCUUGCUCUCCUUCUUUUUUCUCUCCGCUCCUUGCUCUCCUUCUUUUUUCUCUCCAUUCCUUGCUCUCCUUCUUUUUUUUUCUCUCCGCUCCUUGCUCUCCUUCUUUUUCUCUCCGCUCCUUGCUCUCCUUCUUUUUUUCUCCGCUCCUUGCUCUCCUUCUUUUUUCUCUCCGCUCCUUGCUCUCCUUCUUUUUUCUCUCCGCUCCUUGCUCUCCUUCUUUUUUCUCUCCGCUCCUUGCUCUCCUUCUUUUUUCUCUCCGAUCCUUGCUCUCCUUCUUUUUUCUCUCCUUGCUCCUUUUUUCUCUCCUUCUUCCUUUUUUUCUCUCCGCUCCUUGCUCUCCUUCUUUUUUCUCUCCGCUCCUUGCUCUCCUUCUUUUUUCUCUCCGCUCCUUGCUCUCCUUCUUUUUUCUCUCCGCUCCUUGCUCUCCUUUUCUUUUCCACUUCUUCUUCAUUUUGGCUUUUUUUUUUUUUUUUUUUUUUUUAACUUAUUCAAAUGUUCAUCUCUUUCAUCAGACCAUCUCUUUACACUUCAGUUAUUUACCAUUUUGGAGGUGGGGCUGUUCUCUCUCAUUUCUUUAACCCAUUCCCUUUCUUCUUUUAUUUUCAAUCACCUCAUUCUCCUACCUUUCCAUUGUAUCACUACAUUCUUUUCUCUAAAACUUUGGUAUAAUUUGUUUGGGACUUUCUUUUACAGCUUCUAA